ACAUAUUUCAAGUUGGCCCAGCCAUUAACUUAAAAAAUGCUAACUUGUUUCCAGGAUUUAGUAUUCCAUUCUUUGUAAUAGCAGUGGUCCAUCUCAGCUACACACAGUCUCUGGUUAAGCUCAUUUAAAUUUGUUUUAGACCAUUAGACAUGACAUUACAGUGCCUUGGAAGUCUGCCCGAAGCAAGUGUUCUUAGAAGGAACUUUGAUACACAGAAGCAGUGUUUAGUCAUUGACUGACUGAACAACAAGCUGCACAAUCGAGGCCACUUCUGCUUGUCAGAUGUCCAUACUGUACCUGCAGUUACAUGCAAUGACAUUAUAAAUGGUUUAGUGUCCAAAGCAUCUAUAGAAUUAGUUUUAUUUCCCCAACUAUCUUUUCAAAAGAUUUUGUUUCAAGUCAUUUUCAUAGAUAUGGGUAACUCAUAUGACCCUGUGUUUACGUUAUAUAUCUUUAAUCUUUUCUUAUCAGUCCAUCCCACCAUUUCUAAUCUAUUUCUAAUGACUGACGUCCAAACGCACCAGCAUCCGCUGCUCAGGCCAGUGUUCCAUUAACCCGAAUUCAUAUCAGCUGCUCAGCACAAGCAGGAAACAUACACGUGACACACCCAGAUAUGAAAUUGAAGUUCAGCAUUUAUCAGUACAGAUACACUAAGCUCCAUGUUACUGCGUUAUUGUGCAGUAGAGAGUGCCAUGCAGGAAGGAGAGGAGAGGAAGUGAGGCGAUGGGCUGCACCUCAGCCAAGCAGUUGUCAUCUGUACCCAGUGAUGAAGAGGGCCGGGGUAAGGCCUACAGCAACGGAGAUGCCUUCUCCGAUGAGUACAGACUGAAAGGAGUUGAGAAGGUGAAGUACAUGCAUGGAGAAGAGGAGUGCACGAACACACAAAACCAAGAGACCUUGGAAAAGAGCACAUUUUUGCACAAUGGCAGGCACAAAGAUGCCACUGGGAAUAGUAAUAAGAUAAGUAUCCACUCUUCAGAGAGCCAGCAGGAGUUCUUCAGGAUGCUGGAUGAGAAGAUUGAAAAGGGACGGGACUACUGUUCGGACGAGGAGGAUAUGACAUAGCACGCUGAGACGUUUGACUCACACCAACAUUGAGUCAAUCCUGUCCCAAAGUUCUUUACACUUGCUUUCCAUGCCUCUUUACCCAACAAGUAUGAAUCUUGGGUUCAACCCAGUUAUCUACUCUGUUUACAAUCUACACACUCUCCCAAAUGUCUUACAGGUCAGUAUUUGAGACUCUUCUGGACUAGUAUUUAAACGGUAUGGGGGCAUGGAAAGGACAUGGUUAAGGAGACUGGGAUUUGGCCCAAGAUUUGAAUGGGAAAGCCAUUUUCAGACUGUUCCUCAAUCCCUUGCCUUACACUACCCAUAAGCCUUCUCCUACUCAUAGACUACAUACAGUGGAGAGAGCCAUGCUGAGAAUCCAGGAUUUCGCCCUCCAUUUGACAUGGACACUAGCAGAGGAGACGAUAUCUUCUCGAGAGGACAUACCUACUGAGAGACUUGUGUGAUUCUGUCCAGCUCACGCUGUUGAGACACAGUAGGUGAAAGCGUAUGGACAGAAACACAAGGCCAUUUCUAGCAUUCCAAUUGUUUUUUUAAUGAAGUAUUUUUCACCCACAGUGUAUUAUGUAUAUGUCUUUUUGACCUUUUUCUUUGAGUUAUGUUAUAAUGCUCAGGACAGCAGUGCUGUAUGUAUCAUCACUAGAUUUGUUUGUUAGAUGAGGGCAGUGCAGUUCCUUCAGAGCCGGUCUUGAGGAAGUGUUGGGCGGUGGAGAUAGAUCAUAGCAUCUAGCUGUGUUUAGAGACGCCAGUUACAGCAUCUUAAGGUCAUGUAGUUUUCACAUACUCAUUUUACUCUAUAUAACAGGUGGAUAUCAUGGGUUCGCUUGACAUUUAUAGUUACUAUUCUUGAGUUGAAAACCAGUAGAAGUUUUAAAACCAGCCUUCAGAAAGUUUUACAUAGAUAUGUUUUUAUUACCAGGAAGUGCUUCUUCCUUUUACAGUAUGACAGUAAUUUGCCAUAGCCUUAAGCACACAGUGUUUUCUUUUCUGAAAUAAGAUACAACAAUAAGCCAUUAAUUUCUGUGUUUUCACACUAAAGUGAACAGUAUCCCACAUGUAUGCUUCUCUAUGUACACAUUUGGGUCAAACAAAAUUGCCAAAAAUGCAAGUGUGAUGCUGAGUGCAAGAAUAAAUAAUACACUAUGACCAACUAA